AUUUUCUUGGAUUUUCUCUCAUUAGACUCACUUCCCUCGUCCCUCCCUCUUCAUAUCUGGGUCUCUACUCUGCUUUGUGUUGGUGAUAUUCUAGCGAUGGAUUUUGGACACAGUAGAGCAUCUUCUUCACAAGUGACAAGCACUAGCAGAGAUGCAUUCCAAAACGACGACGAACAGGCUCUCAAAUGGGCUGCUCUUGAAAGGCUUCCAACGUACGACAGGGCACGUAAAGCUCUGCUGCAUGGAGUUGCAGGGGGCUUCAAAGAAAUCGAUCUUCAGAAGCUUCGGAUUCAAGACAGGAAGGAGCUGCUGGACAGGUUGAUCAGUAAUGCUGAAAAAAAUGAAGAGUUCUUGAGAAAGCUCAAGAUGAGAAUCGACAGAGUUGCUCUCGAUCUGCCAACAAUAGAAGUUCGAUUUGAGAAUCUGAAUGUUGAAGCAAAAGGGUAUCUGGGAAGCAGAGGUUUACCCUCAAUCUUCAACUACUUUUUGAAUAUGGCAGAGGGUAUAGCACACUUCCUCCAUAUUCUUCCAAGUCAAAAGAAAGAGUUCUCAGUUCUUAGUGAUGUUAAUGGCAUUAUCAAGCCUGGCAGGUUGACUCUGCUUUUAGGACCGCCAGGCUCGGGAAAGUCCACCUUACUAAAAGCUUUGUCAGGAAAACUUGACUCGGAACUAAAAUUUUCUGGAAAAGUAACAUACAAUGGCCAUGAGAUGCACGAGUUUGUACCCCAGAGGACUUCUGCUUAUAUUAGCCAGUAUGAUGUUCAUCUUCCAUUGUUAACUGUUAGAGAAACCUUAACUUUCUCUGCAAAAUGUCAAGGAGUUGGUACUGGCUAUGAGAUGCUCACGGAGCUUUUGAGAAGAGAGAAGCAACUCAAUAUAAAGCCCGAUCCCUAUAUUGAUGCUUUGAUGAAGGCGUCAGUUUUGGAAGGGCACAAGGAAAACAUAGUCACGGACUAUGUUCUUAAGCUUUUAGGACUGGAUGUGUGUGCUGAUACGAUUGUAGGGAAUGAAAUGAUAAGGGGUAUAUCAGGAGGACAAAAGAAACGUGUCACUACAGGGGAGAUGCUGGUUGGUCCCGUAAAUGUGCUGCUCAUGGACAAUAUAUCAAAUGGUCUUGACAGUUCAACCACAUUUCAGAUAAUAAACUCAAUCAGGCAAUCAACCCACAUCUUGAACAAGUCUGCUCUAAUCAGUCUUCUGCAGCCUCCGCCAGAAACAUAUGAGCUCUUCGAUGACAUUAUUCUUCUUUCCGAGGGACAAAUUGUGUAUGAGGGUCCCCGUCAAUAUGUUCUUCACUUUUUUGAGUCCAUGGGAUUCAGAUGUCCCCAGAGAAAAGCCAUUGCAGACUACCUCCAGGAAGUGAUAUCAUGGAAGGAUCAGAGACAGUAUUGGGCAAAUGAAGAACAGCCAUAUCACUACAUUUCUGUCAAUGAAUUUGCAAAUGCCUUCAAGUCAUUUCAUGUAGGAAGAACCAUCCAAAGCGAGCUUGCCACCCCAUUCAAUAGGUCCAAGAGCCAUUCUGCAUCCUUGACAAGAUCCAAAUAUGGAGCCAAUGUGAAAGAAUUGAUGAAGGCUUGUUUAUCAAGAGAAGUUAUUCUGAUGAAGAGGAGUGCAUCUUUUCACAUUUUCAAGACAAUUCAAAAUUCUUACACCUAAAUGACUUUUACACUCUUCUCAUCAUUUCAGCUUGAAAUUUGUGCAAUCAUCGCGGCAACUGUCUUUGCACAAUCCAGAAAGCAUCACAGUACUGUAGAAGAUGGAUUAGUCUACCUUGGUGCUCUUUAUUUUGGGCUCAUUACAAUAAUGUUCACUGGAUUUUCUGAACUUCCAUCCACCAUUGAUAAACUUCCUGUUUUCUAUAAGCAAAGAGACCUCCUCUUCUAUCCUUCCUGGGCAUUUUCCUUGCCAGUAUCCAUCCUUGGGAUUCCUGUAACUUUCAUUGAAGUUGCUUUUUGGGUUGCCACAACUUAUUUUGUAAUAGGAUUUGAUCCAAGUGGGAUAAGGCUGCUAAGACAUUUUCUCCUUCUCACUGCAAGCGCACAGAUGUCAUAUUCACUUUUCAGAUGCAUGGCUGCACUUGCUAGGGACCAUAUUGUUGCAAACACAGUCGGAUGCCUUGUAUUCAUGGGGCUUCUUGUGUUUAGUGGAUUUGUAAUAUCACGAGAAAAUGCACAGAGUUGGUUGACUUGGGGUUUUUGGUUGUCUCCCUUGACUUACGCGCAAACUGGACUUUCAACAAAUGAAUUUCUUGGCCAGGCUUGGAAACAGGUUAAUAAUGGAUCAAAAGAAGCUCUAGGAAUAUCCAUCCUGAAAGCAAGAGGAGUGUUGACCAAUCCAUAUUGGCCAUGGACUGGUCUUGUUGCAUUGAUUGGUUUCAUGUUCAUAUUCAAUGGGGUUUCUGCUUUAGGUCUUGCUUAUCUUAAUCAAUAUGGGAAGUCUCAAGUGAUUUUUCUGUCGAAAGAUACUCUGGAAAUAAGUAAGACUGAAGGGGAGGAGACACUAGAAAAUGGAACAAGCUCCAGCAGGACCAGCAAUAACAAUGCACCAACAGAAGUCACUGCAGUUGGUAGACCUAAGAAGCAAGGAAUGCAUCUCCCAUUCAUUCCCCUCUCUCUGACCUAUGAAAAUAUCAGAUAUUCAGUUGACAUGCCAAAGGCAAUUAAAGAUGAAGGUGUUUUAGAGAAUAAAUUGGAGCUUCUGAAGGGAGUUAAUGGAGCUUUUAGGCCAGGAGUCCUGACAGCUCUAAUGGGUGUUAGUGGGGCUGGAAAGACUACACUUCUAGAUGUGUUGGCAGGCAGGAAAAACUGUGGAUAUUUAGAGGGAAGCAUCACAGUUUCAGGCUACCCAAAGAGGCAGGAAACAUUUGCUAGAGUUUCAGGAUACUGUGAACAAAAUGACAUUCACUCACCCCUUGUCACUGUUUAUGAGUCCCUCCUAUAUUCAGCAUGGCUUCGUCUGCCUACAGAGAUUGAUGCAAAGACUAGAGAGGCUUUUGUUGAGGAGGUGAUGGAGCUGAUUGAGCUAACACCAUUGAGAGAGGCUUUAGUUGGGUUUCCAAAUGUAAAUGGACUAUCCACUGAGCAGCGCAAAAGGUUGACAAUUGCAGUGGAGCUUGUGGCAAACCCUUCAAUAAUAUUCAUGGAUGAGCCCACCACAGGCCUUGAUGCAAGAGCAGCUGCCAUUGUAAUGAGAACUGUGAGAAGUACUGUGGACACUGGCAGAACUGUAGUAUGCACAAUUCACCAGCCAAGUAUAGACAUAUUUGAAUCAUUUGAUGAGCUUGUUCUAUUGGCUAGAGGUGGUGAAGAAAUUUAUGUAGGUCCACUUGGGCCACAGUCUCGCCAUUUGAUCAACUACUUUGAGGAAAUAGAUGGAGUUGGUAGAAUUAAAAAUGGUUAUAACCCGGCAACGUGGGCCUUGGAAGUGACAACAAAGGCACAAGAAGAGGCUUUAGGAAUCAAAUUUGCAGAUGUAUACAAAAAAUCAGAUCUUUUUCGGAGAAACAAAGCUUUGCUUAGGGACAUGAGUACCCCUUCUCCAGAUUCACAAGAACUCCACUUUCCCUCUAUGUACUCCCGCUCCUAUUUCACUCAAUGCAAAGCCUGCCUGUGGAAACAGCACAAGUUAUAUUGGAGGAACACACCGUACAAUGCUGUGAGACUUGUGUUUAGCACUUCAAUGGCCAUCAUUUUUGGAUUUAUAUUCUGGCGUCUUGGCCCCAGAAGGGGAACAAAGCAAGAAAUUUUCAAUGGGUUGGGUGCCAUGUAUACUGCACUUAUGUUCUUGGGGCCACAAAGUGCUGGUACAGUGCAACCAGUUUUAGCUGCUGAAAGAACAGUUUAUUAUAGAGAGAGAGCUGCUGGCAUGUACUCUCCUUUGCCUUUUGCAAUUGCACAGGUUACAAUUGAGAUCCCAUAUGUAUUGGCUCAGGUUCUUAUUUAUGGGAUUAUAGUUUAUGCAAUGAUUGACUAUGAAUGGACAGCCACUAAGUUCUUCCAGAACAUGUUCUUCAUGUUCAUCACAAUUCUGUACCACAUAUAUUAUGGAAUGAUCAUAGGAGUAAGUCCUAACAACCAAGUUUCCUCCAUAGUUUCCGGUAUCUUUUACUCGACAUGGAAUCUCUUCACCGGCUUUGUGAUCCCCCGAACGAGAAUUGCCGUGUGGUGGAGAUGGUAUGUUUGGGUAUCCCCCGUAUCAUGGAGCUUCUAUGGGUUGGCUACUUCACAAUAUGGAGACAUUAACACUAAGCUGGACACAGGAGAGACAGUUGCUGAGUUCAUCAGGGAUUACUUUGGGUUCAAAUAUGAUUUCUUGUGGGUGGUCUCUCUCACACUAAUUGGGUUUUGUGUGCUCUUUGUUUCUGUCUUUGCUGUCUCUUUGAAGGCCUUCAACUUUCAGAAAAGAUAAGGAACUUGCAACAGGCCUUUGGAUUGAGUUGAUAGAUGAAAGGGUUUUGAUGAUUGUAUUUGUAUAAUAUAAUUGGGA